UUCAUUUUGCGAAAAGUUGACGAGUCACCGGCGUGACAAAAUAUUAAAAGUACUUCUAUAGCUCACGUUCAAAAUGCCUGUCAGCGAUCCGAACAAAAUUUCUAAAGUUGUUGUCCAUCCUUUAGUUCUUCUCAGUGUGGUAGACCAUUUUAAUCGUAUGGGAAAGGUUGGAAAUGCAAAGAGAGUCGUUGGUGUAUUGUUAGGCGCAAACAGACAAGGGGUUCUGGAUGUUUCAAACAGCUUUGCAGUUCCCUUUGAUGAAGAUGACAAAGAUAAAACUGUGUGGUUUUUGGACCAUGACUAUUUGGAAAACAUGUACGGGAUGUUCAAAAAAGUAAAUGCCCGUGAGAGAAUUGUGGGAUGGUAUCAUACAGGCCCAAAGCUUCACCAAAAUGAUGUCGCCAUCAAUGAACUUCUGAGACGGUACUGUCCAAAUUCUGUAUUAGUUGUCAUUGAUGCCAAACCAAAAGACCUAGGUCUGCCGACUGAGGCAUACAUAGCUGUAGAGGAAGUCCAUGAUGAUGGGACCCCCACUAGUAAGACCUUUGACCACGUGCCCAGUGAGAUUGGGGCCGAGGAGGCAGAAGAAGUAGGCGUGGAACAUCUUUUAAGAGAUAUCAAGGAUACCACAGUAGGAUCUCUGUCACAAAGAAUCACAAACCAGCUGAUGGGUCUUAAAGGGCUCCACGGUCAUGUGAACGAUAUUAAUGGUUACCUCCAGAAAGUUACGUCCAAACAAUUACCUGUCAAUCACCAGAUUAUCUACCAGUUACAAGACGUGUUUAACCUACUUCCUGAUGUUAAUCUACAAGACUUUGUUAAAUCAGUUUACGUGAAAACCAACGAUCAAAUGUUAGUAGUGUACUUGGCUUCUCUCAUUCGUUCCAUUAUUGCUCUACAUAACCUCAUCAGUAACAAGAUUCAAAACAGAGAUGCAGAGAAAAAUGAAGGGAAAGACUUGGUGAAGGAAAAGAAGAAAGAGGCAAAAGAAUCGGAAAAGAAAGAUGGAGAAAAAGAAUCUGACAAAAAAGAAACAGCAAAGGCUGCUAAGAAGUAGUGGCAUUAGAAUUUUGAUAUUUAUGAUAUUUUCUGUGUUACAUGCAAUGCAGUUUGAAUAUGCACCAAAAUGAUUGAGAGGGAAAAUUAAGAACUGCCAAGUCCAAGACAUUUAAGGUAUCUUCUGAAAGAUUGACUGUGUAAAGGGAUACAGAUUUUUUUCAGUUGAUGUAGAAUAAAUACAAAAGAAAAAAAUGAUAUGUAUGUACUGAAACAUAUGGAUCUGGAAUAUUUUGGAUUGUGCAGAGCAAACUUUUAAUGAUAACAAACAUAUUGACAUCUAACCUUUAUGUUUAUACAUAGAAUAAAUUUACAAAAACUUG